GCCAUCAGAUGGUGCGUGACGUCACAGGAAAUGGUUGCCGUAGUUCGUCUGCAUUAAGGAAAAUUUGAAAAAAGUUUGUGAUAUGGAUAUAUAUUACAUGUCUAGAUUUUUCUUAUACAUAUUAUUAUUAAUCAAAAAUAUGAAUUUGAAUGACGCUGCAGUUAACAAUAAAGACGAAUCAUUGGCACCAUGUCAGAUUUGUAAAAUUCUCACAAAAUCAUUUGAAAAGGGUAUAGAAUCAACAGUAAGAGGAAAAUUUGAAGGUGGUGAUGCAUCUUGGGAGGAGAGUCGCUUAGGAAGUUAUGCAAAUAGUGAGGUUCGAUUAGUAGAGAUUCAAGAAAAAUUAUGUAAAGAUACAGAUCAGCAAAUUCAGUGUUUAGCACUGGCUGAUGAGCAGGAAGCAGUUUUAGAAGAAUGGUGGUUUCAUAAAAGAAAUUCUACACCAGAUCUUUAUCAAUAUCUCUGCAUUGAUAAAUUAAAAGUUUGCUGUCCAGAUAAUCAUUAUGGGCCAGAAUGUAAAGCAUGCCCCGGAGACAUAGCUAAACCUUGCAGUGGUCACGGUCAAUGCAAAGGAUCUGGUACCCGCAAUGGAUCGGGUCAGUGUAAAUGUGACGAAGGAUACACUGGCGAAGUUUGUGAUAGAUGUCUAAUUGGGUAUUAUGAAGAAACCGCAGAUGAUGACAACGUAUGUCUAAAAUGUGACAGGUCAUGUAAAGGCCACUGUCGAGAAGGUGGUUCAAAAGGUUGUGAAGUUUGUGCAGAUGGUUAUAGAUAUAUCAUUGAAGAUGGUUGUAUGGAUAUCGACGAAUGUCUGGAAUCGGAUAAAGAUCCUUGCACCGGAAAUACUUUCUGUGUAAAUACUUAUGGAACUUACCGAUGCCUUGCUUGUGACAAAUCUUGUGAAGGUUGCACCGGUGAUGGCCCAGACGUGUGUAUUAAGUGUGCCAAUAAAUAUACUUUAGAAGAUGGAUUGUGUAUAGAGAAGAGUGUAGUAGAACGAAAUUUCCAUAUUGAAAUAGCAAGAUAUGCAACGUAUGGAGGUCUCUGCAUUGCAACGUGCAUCAUCUUUAGGCGUAGCAGCAUUAUUGCCGGUCUCAUAGGUGUUUUUGUAGCCGUGUACAUUGCUUUAUCCGAAUAUACUUUGGGUGAUUGGGAUCGGCGAUCAUUUGCCAAGUUAUUGAAGUCUUGGUUAUCGUUAUAAACUUCCUUCAAAUUUACUUCUUCGGGUUGUAAAUCUUUCAACGGUGACCAUCGCAUUAGUAUGCAUCACAGAUGAUGCAUAAAUAAAAUAGAGGCAAGAUUUGUAUAUAUAAUAGUAGUCUCUACAGUAUACAGGCAUACCUCAACUUACGUCGUUCCCGAUUAUACGUCGUUUGUCAAAAAAGUAUAUGGAAAA